AUGAAAUUCAUGGGUGUGCAGGAAUUUGCCCAACGAGCAUUGGCCAACCUCAAGAUGGUGCAUAAUGCCAUCAUCGCGAGUUGUACACACCAAACGUUCCAAGCCAAUAAACUACGGCAGGAGGAGCCGGAGUUUACAAUUGGAUCGAAGUUGUACCUAUCCACGCAGAACCUUGCACUACCUAAAGGUCGCGCGAGGAAGCUGAUGCCCAAAUUUAUUGGACCAUACGAGAUCACCGAUGUUCAUGCGGCAACCUCUAACUACACGCUAGAGUUACCGCAAGAACUGAAGGACCGGCGUAUCUUACCUACAUUCCACGUUUCAUUACUCAGAUGA